GGAACGACAAGCUUGGUUUGUCAGGAAGGGCAUUUCUUGACAUGGGAACACUCAGUACAUGUAAGCUGUAUCGUUACAAACAAACAAUGUAUGCCUUCUUUCCUCAGUUUUUAGAUCAUGAACAUUUCUACUUGUCACUUGAUGAUCAGAUGACUGUUGACUUUGUUCAGACAGCACUUGCAUAUUUGAGGGCUAACUGGGAGAUGAAUGGCCGUCCUACCUUUACGUUACCUGUUACUCGAUUUCUACUAGGAGAGCAGGGAAAGAAGUCACCAGUCAUUAAUUUGCUUAAGAAGUUGAGGGCAGGGUACAGUGCUGGAGUGAGAACUAAAGUUGGAAAACUGGCAGACUUCUUAAAGACAUCUCACAUUACCAAGUUGUCAUUCAUGCAUGGGUAUCCUGUUGUUGAUGACUGUGCCUUAUCACCUGUUGGAAUGAAACGUGCGAUGACUUUGGAGUCAUCAAACAGUUUGCUGUCGCUUUAUGACAAUUCACCAGCAAAUCCAUCUCCACGCUUGAGACGACGAGGACCUUCACCUAACAGAGAUCAUGAGAGAAUACAGCGGAGGUCGAUGGUGAUUGGCUCAGUGAGAAGGAGUCGGAGAGCUGCAAGUCGCUUUUUUGACGAUGAGUUGGAUGGAGCUGGCAGUCCAAAGAGCAUUAUGAAUUUGUUGGCUUCACAAAGUCAUGGUGGAAAGAGGAGAAGUUUGCAUUUGAAACAUUCUGCAAGUCCAGCUGAAUUUCAUUCUCGUAGUCUCUCUACGGGCAGUUAUGGAGGUGUUCAAAUGGAUGACUUGCUGGAGCAGUUGGCCGUUGCUGACUCAUUGCAAGACCAAGCUGACAUCUUGUACUGUAUCUAUUUACAGAAAGGUUUGCACUUUGAUUGUAAGCUCAAUGAAGAGGAGGGAUGCACUGUAGGAGUUCUAUAUGAAGAGAUCUAUGAGAGGGCUGCUCACCAACAGUUGUGGUCACUUGUCCGACAUGCUGCUGGAGUAGUUGGGAAGGAAGUUGAAGAACUCGCUGCUGCAGCCACUGACAUUUUGGUACAUCAAAAACAAUUCACUGUUGGCUUACCACCUGCAACUGUCGAAAUCACAGUCACAAGGCCUCUCCCACCUGAAGAGUUGAAAUCUAUUAUUUAUGGAACAUAUGGAGAGGAUGUCAGUACUGCAGUUCUUACUCAGGAAAUAUUGUUAUAUUUGGCCAUGUUUAUGCGAACAACACCUUCAAUGUUUCUGGAGAUGCUCACUUUGCGUAUUGGCCUCAUUAUUCAUGUGAUGACUGCGGAAUUGGGACGAUCUCUUACCUGCAAGGGUGAUGAGGCAGCUGAGCAGCUGAUGAAUCUUCGUCCAAGUCAAAUGAAAAAGUUGUUGUAUCAUAUCAUUAAUGGGGAGGAAUUCACGGAGACAAUUGAAUCAACUGGAGAAGAAGACGGCCGCUUUCGACGACGUCUUGUUACUAUUCAUGCUUUGAAACGACGUGACACUGCAGGGAUUGUCAAACUGAAGCAACAUGCUAGAGAAGAACUGUCUGGGAAACCACGGGGUGCAAAUGACUCUGGCAGUGAUGAUGAAUCUCCUAUGACCAGUCUUCAUGGACAGUGGAUACGCAGACGAAGAUUGGAUGGAGCAUUGAAUAGAGUGCCUAUUGGAUUUUAUAGCAAUGUGUGGCGAAUACUACAGAGAUGCAGUGGACUCAAAUUAGACAAACACAUACUGUACUCACAUCCAACUAUUGAAGAGAUGACAGAAGGAGAAUUGAAAUUUGCCUUGACUGUUGAGUCAUGGCUGAACCGUCUUCCACAACCAGAAUACAGACAGUUGAUGGUAGAAGCUCUUAUGGUUUUAGGUAUGCUUGUUGACACCGAUCCUGGUCAAAGUCUUGGAGAUAUUGUUAGCAUUGGCUCUUUGGUCUAUGAUGCCAAUAAGCUGUUUCUUGAAUCUGCAUUUGCUGGUAUCAACAAUCCACCCCUUGCAGUUCAUCAAGACGACACCAUAGUAGAAGACUUUUAUGAUUGUGCCCCUAGUGGUCGCUUUGGGACAAUGAGCUUUUUGACUCAAGCUGUAGUUAAUAGAGUACAAGCCUUGCCAAGAAUAGCUCCAUUACCAGACUGUAGAGUCAGCUAGAGCAGUUUUGCAAACUGUUUUGAACAGUUAUAUCUAUGCAUGAAGUGAUAGUCAUGAUCAAGUCUGAGAGGGUGUAGUGUUUCUGUACAUUGAGUCAGAAUGCUACAUGUAGUUGACCAGAGUCAAUUAAUUAACUGGUAUGUAAUUGUAAGGAGACAUCAUUAUUCAUUAUUACUUUGAUCCAUCAAUAAAUCACAAGACUAAGGGAUAAUUUGCACACUCACUUUCCACACUAAUAAAUACAUGCAACACUUUGCCCAUUUCAUAUUUACAGUAGACACCUUUUGGUGCAACACACACACACACACACACACAC